AUGUCAACAUCCAGACUUCCCAGCAUUCCUUCUCUUCGCAAACAUCAGCUUCUUUUGGAAUUUGCAAGCUUGCAGCAUGCUGCCCCUCCUGGGGUUUAUGUGAGUUUGACUCAGGGUGAUCCCACCCGUUGGAGUAGCGUUCUCUUUGUUCGCUCAGGCCCCUAUUCCUCUGCCGUCCUCCGCUUCCAGAUCCGUUUCCCAACGUCAUAUCCCGAUCUUCCACCUCAAGUCACCUUCUCCACUGAUGUAUUUCAUCCAUUAAUUGUGCCUCUUACGACCUACACCUUCAGCACCAAUGCGUCGAGUGAAGACCCAGUAAGCGCAUCUGACGAGGAGCGGUUACCCGCGGGCGGUUUUAGCCUCCGACAUGGAUUCCCCCACUGGUUCGGAAGAGCGAAACGGAAUAGACGAGACUCGGCUGCUUCCUCACGGGCUAUGAGUGUUAAUGGGUUGGGUGUCUCCAAUGGAGAGACAGCAACUUCGACCGCAAACGAGAACCCGACUAACGAUACGACCGACCUUUCUUCCACAUCUCAGCCUCAAGCAGAUGAGGACAAUGGUAGUGACGAAAAGAAGGAAGGCACAUCUGCAGCAGCUCAACCUAUAGAACCACGGAAGACUGUUCCGGUGUCAGAAUUGUUGGACUACAUUCGGUCUAGUUUCGAUACCGAGUCCGUUCUUGACUCCCUACCGCUCGAGGCAGCUGGAAAUCCAGGGGCGUGGCAUGCAUGGCAGGCCCAUAGAAGAGGUAAUAGUAGCUCCGCGUCUAAGUACGGCUCGAAGCAGGGUAGCCCGCAGGCACGGCUCCCUGGUGACUGGCAUUGGGAUGGAAUCUGGGCCAAGCGUGCUCAAAAUGAGAUUGAGAAUAGCCAUUCAGAUCCGAUGUUGUUUGGAAAUGCUGCUCGUGGCGGUGGCGAUGAGAUGAUACGCUUUUCUCGGCUAGACGAUGCUACUUUGACAUCAAUCAAGGAGACAAUCAUUCCUCGGACAGAGGAGGUACAUGAGUGAAUUGACACUUUUUUGUUUUAAAUAUAUACCCGAUGCUGCACAUUGAUUUCAUCUCUGUUACAUACUUUAUACAUGCCUUCCAAAUCCAGCACAAAUGUUGACGUACUUCGACUGUCGCUGCUCCCAUAUAUGCGUUGCAUUGAAAUGGAAAGAACAACAGCUAGUGUUCAACUCCCUUUAGACUAAAGCUUCCUUUGUGAAAAUAUCUUCUUUUCACCUUCAUAUACAGCUGCCCUGUCCGCAACACUUCACGUUGAAAAUGUCGAAAGGCUUGUCAUAUGAUUUCAA